AUCUGUCACUAUGUCUGAAUCUCACAUAUCAUCCGUUACUGCCAAGCAGUACGAAGAAGAGUACUCUGCGCACAACUACCACCCUUUACCCGUGGUUUUCUCCAAGGCCCUAGGCGCACACGUCUGGGACCCCGAAGGUAACGAGUACCUUGACUUUUUAUCUGCGUAUUCUGCUGUUAACCAAGGCCAUUGUCAUCCAAAGAUCAUUGCUGCGUUGGUGGAGCAGGCUUCAAAGUUGACGUUAUGCUCCAGAGCCUUUUCCUCCGAUGUUUUUGGACAGUAUGCCAAGUACGUGACUGAAUUUUUCAACUACGAAAUGGUUUUACCUAUGAACACCGGUGCUGAGGCCGUGGAAACUGGCUUGAAAUUGGCCAGAAAAUGGGGGUACAUCAAGAAGGGAAUUCCAGAGAACGAGGCCAUUAUCUUGGCUGCUGAAAACAACUUCCACGGAAGAACCUUGGGAAUUAUUUCCAUGUCCACUGACCCAGAGGCCACCACCAAGUUUGGUCCUUACUUGAGUGGCGUGGGUCCACAGAUUCCAGGAGAAUCUAAGGGAACUCUCUUGAGAUACGGUGUUAUUGAAGAUGUUGAAACCGCUUUUAAGAAUGCGGGUGACAAAAUUGCAGCCAUUUUGUUAGAGCCUAUCCAAGGUGAAGCUGGUAUUGUAGUUCCUCCAAAGGGCUACUUAACUCGAGUACAAGAAUUGUGUAAGGAACAUAAUGUCUUGUUGAUUUGUGACGAAAUCCAAACUGGUAUUGCCAGAACCGGAAAAAUGUUGUGUUACGAACACUCUGAGAAUGUCAAGCCAGACAUAGUGUUGUUAGGAAAAGCCAUUUCUGGAGGUGUCACUCCCGUGUCGGCCGUGUUGUCCUCCAAAGAUAUCAUGUUGUGCUUAGAACCAGGUUCUCAUGGAUCUACUUAUGGAGGAAACCCAUUGAGUUGUGCCGUGGCCAUGGCUGCUUUGCAGGUGGUGAAAGAUGAAAAUUUGGUACAAAGAUCCCAGCAAUUGGGUGACUUGUUGUUCGAAAAGUUGGAGCAGUUGAAGAAAGAAUUUGGUGGAAUCAUUGCUGAAGUCAGAGGUAAAGGUUUGUUGUCUGCUAUUGUAAUUGACGAUACCAAAACCAACGGCAGAUCCGCCUGGGACCUUUGUUUGGUUAUGAAAGACCACGGAGUCUUGGCCAAGCCUACACACGAUCAUAUCAUCAGAUUGGCUCCUCCUUUGGUGAUCUCAGAAGAAGAUUUAUUAAAGGGUGUUGAGGCCAUAAAACAAUCUUUGAUUAAGUUACCAAAUGCUCCAAAGGCCCACCAUUAAAUGAGAGUUUACUGUAAAUAAAAGUUUUUUGUUUAAUACCGUACCCUUGUAUUCCUAUAAAUAAUUAGUUCUUGACCAGUUUCGCUUGGUUAAUAUUCUAAUCUAUUCCUCUUCGUCAUCUUCAUCUCUAUUAGCAGAUAAUUGGCCCAAUGCAGCAAGACGUCUUGUUCUUUCAACUUCAGUUUCUUCCAAGUCAUCGUCGUCAUCGUCUUCAGAGUCAUCGAAUUCGGAAUCUUCAGAAGCUUCCUCGUCCUCUUCUUCUUCCUCUUCUUCUUCUUCUUCAACAGGAGGUUCACGUAUUUCGGGAAUAGGAAUGACCGCAGAGUUCUUGCGUUUGUUUGAUAGCACUUUAUGAAGAUGAUUUUCGACCUGCUGUUCUACCUUCCUGUUUUGAAGUUCCGGAGCUCCAGAAUCGUAUUCUGGAGUAAUGAACUGCUCAGACUUCUCCAAGUCGGGUUCUUCUGAUAUUGGGGCCGAUUUCUUGAUACCAACGAGCGACAAGGCCUUAUCGACAUACGAGGUGGAUCUGCUUCUGUUGCUUUCAGACUUCGCAUGAUGUCUGCUGACCUUAUACUUUCUUAUGAUAUCACCAUCCUCGUUCUCAAUCAAUAAAACAUCAUCAAUCUGAUGAGCAUAAACUUUCCUAUGACUAGGAUCAUCUCUCUUGUAAUACGCUUUUCUGCUAUCACCAGUAAUAGUUCUCAUGAUACCUGGCAUCUGCGAAUUUUCAGAUUUUGAAACUUGGCUUGACGACUCGUCGCUUGCAGAAGAUAACUGUGUCAUAUGACGUUGUAAAGAUUCCAUAGAAUGAAGACUAGUGAUAUCGGUUCCGUUUUCGCGCUGCCCAUGCUGUUUACCUUGUUUAAUCGCCAACAGCUCAAUGACUUCUCCAUCCGUGUCCUCAAUGACAAUAUUCGAUCCUUCUUGGAAGGCAGUUGCCUCAA